CUGGAUUCUUUUUUCCCUUUUCUUUUUUUUUUAUUGGUCUUCAUUGUUCUUCUUUCUCAGAAUUUCCUCACCUGGUUUUCGAAAUUGCUGGAAUUCGUCAUCUCUCUCCUUGCGUUCUUCUCUGCUUCUUUUGGGAUCUCCCGUUCAGAAACCCUAAUCCCCACCCACCCACCCACUUCUUCCCCUUCCUGGGCCAUCCUACAUCAGCUCGAGGGUUCCUUUUUCUUUUUUGACGAAAUUUGAUCUCUUUUUUCUUCUUUUCGUGAUUAUUUAUUUUGAUCUUUAGGUUUUGUUUGGCCGAUCUCCCUUUUGCUCCCUUCUCCCUCUCUUCUCUCUCUCUCCUCAGGCAGACCCUGAUAAACCCUAGAAAUAUCAUGUUUCAAUUCGAUGGAUUAUGGUUAUUCCUCUUCAUUUUCUUGUGCUUGCACUGGGUUUAAUCGUUGAAACUAUGACUAGGGUUUACUGGGUCACCUUUAAUAUCACUUAGAAUCUGUCCUUAAUCACACAAUUCAUCUCCUUUCUUCCUUCCUUCUGAGAAAGUUUCCAUUUUUCCUCUCUCAUUUCUCUAGGGUUUGAUCAUGGCGUAUCAGCCGGUUCCGAGUUCGGGGUUCCAUUACUUGAAUUCCCCUUUUGGUGAUACAACCUUCACCAAGGUCUUCGUCGGCGGUCUUGCUUGGGAGACGCAGAGUGAAACCCUUCGCCGGCAUUUCGAACAGUAUGGCGAGAUCCUUGAAGCGGUCGUCAUUACAGACAAGAACACUGGCCGAUCCAAAGGCUACGGCUUUGUGACUUUUCGGGAUCCAGAGGCUGCUCGGAGAGCCUGCAUCGAUCCAACACCCAUUAUAGAUGGUAGACGUGCAAAUUGUAAUCUCGCUUCCCUUGGAAGACCACGACCUCAUCUCCCUUAUGCAGUAAUACCCAAUUUGCCUGGACGGUUAAGACCUGCUUCCCCAUACGUGGGAGGGGUACAGGGUCCUCGAGGUGCAUUUUUUGGAAAUUUCCCGUAUCAGCAACCACUUCCUUACAGUUACCAGCAAGGAGCCUUGUACCCUUACGGGAAUACAAAAAAUAUUGCCGAGGAUAUGAUGCCCAACUCAAUGUUUUGUGAAGAUGCAAGGAUUGCAGCAUACGGUCCAGAUUACAUGUACUCACAGGGCAUAUAUGGUCCUUACAUGGGCCAACAGUACCUUCAGGUCUAUGGAGUUCCUGGAACGGUUAACACUCCGGUUUAUCCGUUCGGGCAACUGAGUCAAGCUGUUCCGAGUGGUCAUGGCUAUACAUCGGUUCAGGGUUAUACAGUUCCGGGAAGUCAUGUUCUUCAGCUCGGUGGACCCAGUGUCAGUACAAUGACGACUUCAUCUAUACCUGCUAUUGAAUCUCCCUACCCUCAAGGGCAUGUACCUGCACAGCCACAUAUCAUUGUGCAGGCUCCUCAGUUCAUGCAGACUGGCGGUUCCGACCAAAAUACUGGGUGAGGAUCCAUCGAUCAAACAUACACUUGAAGAGAAGGGAAGGGAGGGCGGAACUUGCUACACUCGCGGUGGCGGGCUUCCUGUUUUAAGCCUUGCGCAUUGUUUUAUCUUUUGCAUUCUAGAGGUCGUAAAGUGUUAGUCUUGCUCACCGGAAAAGUCUGAAAGGUCUUAGUCACUCUCUCGGGGAAGGCGGAGGAGAAAGAAGAAGGGUUUGUAUCUAAUACCGAAACACACGAGCGAGCAUCUCAUGGUUGAGCUUUUGCUUGCUUUCAUGGAGUAUAUUGGUUUCUCCUGGAAUAGGGUUUUCCUGGAACAACCAUUAGGGAUAAGUUGGUGUACAAAGUCAUGCAUAUUAUACAUACAUAUAUAUAUACACACACAUGCAUACACACGGUGGAAUCAGCAUAUGAUUCUUUUGUAGAUCACACGACCCUUCAGGCAUUUGGGGUCUGUAGUUAAAUUGGUUAGAUUAUCUGUCCUGUUCUAGUGUCUUGAGUCCUGCAUUGUAAGUAAAACAUGAUCACUUUCUUUAGCCUCUGCUUCUGUGCAUAUUAGUUUCUCUAGGGUUUCUUUCAUGUUUUGACAGUUUGACCAACAGUUAAAAAUUGUUGUCUGGAGCUCACUCCAAAUUAUGGAGGUGGAUUCUUUA